AUGUCCCUAAUAUGCACUUCCCUUUCACCCAUUCUUUAUAGGGUGCAGUGGUUUCUUGUCACUGGCAUGUCCAUGUUUUCUAAAAUCACCAUUUCAAAUGGAAUGAGUCCUUUUGUAUUUGUUGCUUAUCGUCAGGCAUUUGCUACAGUAGCUUUGGCUCCAUUUGCCUUUUUCCUUGACAGAAAACAAACUGGUGGGAUGUCAUAUGGCCUUAUCUGGAAGGUUUUCUUGCUUUCCUUGUUUGGGAUCACUUUGAGUCUCAAUCUCUAUUCCUAUGCAAUAAAUUAUGUCUCUGCAACUUUUGCUUCAGCCAGCAUUAACACAAUCCCUGCCCUUACUUUUGUGAUUGCUGUUGCUUUCAGGAUUGAAAGUUUUUCAGUGAGGGAUUUUCCAGGAAUGCUCAAGAUUGUGGGCUCUAUGAUUAGCCUUUCAGGGUCCAUGGUUUUUGCUUUUGUUAAAGGGCCAAAAGUCAAUUUAUUGGGCUUGUUUAAUGGUGUCCAAGAGAAUAAGCCCAAUAAAAAUUUAGGAAUGGACAAAGAGAAAUGGGUACAAGGUUGUCUGCUCAUGUUGUUAGCCAACAUUGCUUGGGCCGGCUGGCUCGUCAUGCUGGGACCUGUGGUGAGGCAAUAUCCAGCAAAAUUUCGGCUCACAAUGCUGCAGUGCUUGUUUAGCUGCAUUCAGACUUCAAUUUGGGCAGUGGCUAUUGAGAGGGACUUCUCUUCAUGGAAACUUAAUUGGGAUUUCAAUCUCUUUACUCUCGUUUAUUGCGGUGUAUUAGUAACUGGAAUAUGUUACUGGCUGCAAUUAUGGGCUGUGGAGAAAAAAGGACCUCUUUUUACUGCUACUUUUACCCCAUUGAUUCUCAUUUUUACUGCUAUCCUCUCAGCUGUAAUUUGGAAAGAGAUGCUCUACUUGGGAAGUAUUUGUGGAGGAAUUUUGCUGGUUGGAGGCUUGUACUUCGUCAUAUGGGGAAAAAAUAAAGAGGCUGCUGAAAAAGAAGCUAAUAAUGAGGGCAAAAGUGAGGAAACCAAUAAUGUGUAACAUAUUAAAAAUCAUACUACCUAAUCAGCUAUUCCUUGUCAUUUUAUAUAGCAAACAGUUUUGCAUUUAAGGUUAACAUAUGACAUAAAAGGACUCUUAUUUGACAAGAUGGUGGUAAAUUAUAGGUUUGGUUAUUGAUACCUUUCUUUAUCUACCAUUAGUUAUUGUACAAAAGUGACAUGACAGUUCUUGUGGAUUGUUGCUCUUGGAAAAAUUCGAUGCUGCAUGUGAGAGUAGUG